AUUUUAUUCUUCACUGCCGAUUUGCAUUAUGUAAAAGUGUAUGAGAUCCCCUUUUAUCUGAAUUUGCACUAUUUAACAAACGAACUUUUGCAUUUUCGUGAUCUUUUAUCCUUUUGUGCAAUAACGAACAACCCUAAAUAUGGCGAAAGGAAAAGAACCUGUCGACGAGUUCUCAGCGAAGCUGGACAUGUGUCUCACGGACGGAGUUGUUAAAACCGGAGGUGGCCUGGUACUAGGAUCGCUGGCAUCCCUGCUCUUCCUCGGCAGGCGGAAAUGGCCCAUCCUCACCGGCAUAGGCAUGGGCAUGGGCAUUGCGUAUGCCAACUGUGAAUUUCAAUUAAAUCCCAAGAAGUCCACUUCAUAGAGUAAUGGUCUAUGAUUUACAGAUAAGGGAUUUAAGUUCAAACAAUAUACAAACACAAGCAGAGCCGGGCUGCCUCCUACGGUUCAGUAGACACUUAUUUAGACAAUAUUGUAAUUUUGUGUUGUUAUACUAAUAUGUAAUUAUUUAAUUAUGGAAUAAAUGCAUUUUGUUUA